AUGAAGCCUCUUAUUCUGGGAUUAUAUGUCAGCCUCGCUUGCCAUGUCCAUUCUAGAUUGACAAGAUAUUCAGGGGCAGGAACCUCGUGGAAUGUUCCCGCUGUGACGGAUUCGUCUGCAACGGUUUCUGGGGUUGAAUGGAGUCGAGGUCUGGAAGAAAUGCGCCAAAGAAUCCAACAAGGACAAGCAUAUGAGCUGUCAUACAAUAGAAGAGGAGGGCAGAUGGCGGUGAGACGAGUCCUCCGUGAUCGAAAGGAAUUGCAAGAGGCAGUUAUGCAAGCACCUACACAACCUCGUAUGGACCGUAAGGAAUACAGUGACGAGGAACUGCGCCGUGUAGCAGAGGGAGUACAUGGGCUGCGAGCGGGCGGACACUACGAGUAUAUGGGUGACGGCGUUUAUGAACGGAUUGGGAAAUCAUGCUGUGAUGUCACUGGGUAUUGUGGACAGAUUAGAGUAUAUGAUUCAGAAGAUCGUGGCCAUCUUCUUUAUUCAACUUGUUGUUGCUAUUGUGAUGGGGCCUUGAGUACUAAAGUCGACAGAAGACGCGUCCCGUUGACUUGUGGAGAAAUUGCUGUAACGUCGGCUAUGUUUUCUCCGGUGAUUGGAUGUCUUUGCUGGUACUACUAUCAGAACCCUAAAUCUUUUUCCUCCGGUUCUAGAUCUUGA